GUAGUUCUUAUAGUCUGCUUGACUCGGUGCCGGCACUGGGCAGGUGUACCCACCAAUUCAAAUAACACGGUUACACGCAAACUCCGAGAAAACCCCCAAAUCUCCUCAAAUUAGGGUUACAAAUCGUUCAUCACACUUUGAACGCGAAUCGGGCAAAUUCGAUUUAUAGAUUGCAGGAACCAAUCGAUUCCACGUGAUGCCGUCGUUCUCGUGGAUCAGCAUCCCCUUACUCUUAUUGCUAUUCUGCUUGAUCGGCUCACAAGCUGCGGAUGAUCUCCCGGAGAAAUCAAGCGGUGGCGUAUGCAGCGGUGUUUCGGAUCCGGGCGGGUGCCCAAUAAACUGUUUCCGGGCGGAUCCGGUUUGCGGAGCCGACGGAGUCACGUACUGGUGCGGGUGUCCCGACGCGGCGUGCCACGGAGCUCGCGUGGUGAAAACGGGAGCCUGCGACGCGGGUAACGCGGGAAGCGCUUCUGUGCCGGGUCAAGCUUUGUUACUCAUCCAUAUCGUUUGGCUCUUCUUGCUCGGACUCUCUCUUCUCGUCGGUGCUUUCUGAAUGGAUUAGAUAAAUAAGAAAAUUGAUCCCAAUUCGUUUGUAGCUUUUUCUUUUGUCGUGAUUUAUAGAUCAACACUUGUGUUUGAGAUGAUUCAUGCUUCUGUAGAUCGUUCACACGUUAUGUGUUUGUAUGUGUAACGUUAAGUUGGUUUCUAUUAAGGGAUGUGUUUCCUUUCCUCUGUUAUAAUU